UACAACUUCCUGCGUCUGUUCCUGUGUUGGUUUCUAUGGGUUUGCCAACACCUACAAGCGUAGGCAAAACUUCCUGUUCAAACGUCGACAGAUCAGAGUCAAAAAUAGAUUUUGAAGUAGUUAAAAGUCCAGCAUUUCAGUGUGAACACUUCAGACUCUAUCAGCUGUUGUAAGUCUUGGCAAGUACUUGUACUUUAUACACACUAUUAAAGUUUGCUGUUAUUGCAUUUUGUUGCACAUUUUCAGAACAUUUUGGCUGUUGUUGGAAAGACUUAAGUGAGUGCCUUUACGAUGGAUGGAUUUUUAGUCAAGGAUUCGUUGACCGUGCUGACACAAAACGGAGAGUGUCAAAUCCAGCUGUGCCUCGGGGACAUCACAAGGCUGAAACGCAAGGACAAAGUAGACGUCAUUCUCAUAUCAGCGUUCCGAGGGGACUACGCCCCUACCCCUACAUCCGUCAUCGGGGCGCUGUUGCGGAACCUCAAGAUCCACGUCCGGGAAUUGUCAAGAGACAAAGAGGAAGACUUGAGGAAACUCUACCACUGCUGGUGGUCCAAGCCGCUACCAGACGACAAACCCUACAACAGACUGAUGUGCUUCGAAACAAAUUUAUUUGGGUCUCGGCGCCCUCAGGAGUUGGUGGGCGAUGUUUUCCGUUGUCUGGUGCCCGUACUCAACAACCAAGAUGGCACUGUUAUUACACCUCUCCUCAAUACAGGGGACCAGGGUUUUGGCCGGGUGGUCAUGCUUGAAGGCAUGGUGGAAGCAGCCGUCAACUGGAUGAAAGCCGGCCUGCCACUGCGCAUGCUGAAGAUAGUGCUGUACUGCCAAGGCAAGGAUGACGAUGAGAUGGAGAGAAUUGCAACCAGAGACUUCCACAGGGUCUUGGAGAGUUUUGAGGAGCUGAAGGGACGCUACAUGAUGCAGGAUUUGACUCCCAAGGAAAUCACGAUAGAUUUUGACGUCUACCUCUCCUUCAGCAAGCACGACGCAAAGGUCGUUGACCUCAUAACAGACAAACUGCGCUCCAAUAAGUCGGACGUUCGCAUCUUCGACAGUCGCCAGGUGAUGAACGCGGACUCGGUCUGGCAGCAAGACAUGUAUGAGGUCAUGAUGCACAGUGCUAGGGUUAUCACAGUUUUGACACCCAACUACCUCCAGUGUACAGCCUGCGUAGAGCAAUACAACAUUGCAAUGUGCUGCUCCAGGAAGGCCAUGCGGAACAUGCUGGCACCGUUCUACAUCGAGGAGAGUACCUUACCCACGUACAUGACACAAGUGCAGUAUGUAGAUUGCAGAUCCAGUGUCACCGAGCGUGUCGGGGAAGCCUGCCAUCAGAUCAUCAUCUCGUUGAGUGUCACCCUAAAAGCCAAACCCCAAAUGGAUCCCUCCAUUCAGUACGACGUCUUUGUCUCCUAUUCCCACGCUGACUCAGAGAGGGCCAACCACAUCGUGGCAACGCUCAAACGCCUCAACCCAGACCUGCGACUUUUCUUUGACAUACAGGAGCUAAAAACAGGCAGUGCAUGGCAGCGUACAUUGUAUCACUCCAUCGACGGUACCAGAGUCAUGUUGGCCCUCAUCUCCAACAAGUACCUGGCCUCAGCUGUGUGUCAAGAAGAGUAUAACCUGGCACUGGCUAAGCAUUGCUCACAGUCUGGUUCACUGAAGCUUGUCCCCAUGUGCAUUGAAGACGUCUAUGGGGUCACGGCAGAGUUCACCAAGGUCAAGAUGGUGAAUGCCAAAGGUGGGAACUUCCAGCAGGCAGUAGACACCACUUGCACGGCUGUCGUUGAUUGGCUGGCUGGACAAGAUGCGGCAGCCAAUGGGAAAGAAGUAUUUGGACAGGAUGAGGAUCUGGUAAUAAACACUGAUGCAGUCACCGAGAACUUGCGAAAACUUCAGUUUAAAUAUCAACAUGGAGACAAAAGCUCACUGCUUCGAACGAAAUCAACUUUCCCAACCGCUUUACCAAAGUCUUUGCCAACGCGCCCAAAAUGGGACAAGGGCCAGGAUGAAGCGAGCAAAUGCGACGUGGCAUUCAGCUACGCCGCGGAAGACGAGAAAUACGCAGAGCACCUUGCCGCCGUGCUCUCGCGAGUCAAAGGCGUCGUGGUCAAAACCAAAGCCGCGUCGGACCACGAACGGCUUGCGUUGAUGGACCAGGCGAAGCAUGUUGUGGCGUUCCUGUCCCCGCACUAUGUGGACUGCAUGGAGAAGAGCGAAGAGUUCAACAUCGCCCUCUCUCGCCAGCGUCUCAGCACCAGUCGUAUCCUGUUCCCCGUCCAAGUUCACACGCUGCCUCAGCGGCCGACCUAUUUCCACCUCGUCCCGUUCUGCGUCAACGCUGCGGACAAUCUCUGGCCGGAGCUGUGCUCCGUAUUGAAGGUAGACGUCAGCAUGCACGUGCUGGAGAGAGCGGACAAUAACAUCUCCAAGCCGACCGAGUUGGCCCUCCAUGAAGCAGCCUGCCAGAUUCUCCUGGAAAUACAACGACAAAGGACUAUACCCAAGCCACCAUCGGACGAAGUCAAAGCUUUGCCAACCCUCCUGAAUGUGAAGAAGUUGCAGUCCCAAGUGGACCAUGCUUUCACAACCGACACUGAUGUAGUUGGAGAGUACUUACUCUCAUUGUCACUUAAUGAGGGAGACAGUACAGAUAUGAAGAAGAAUGAAUCGAAGAAGGACCCACCUCCAGAAGCUGCCACUGGCCAGUCAGAACCGGACCAGACCGGUUCAAAGCAGCCCGACACAUGCAUUGACGAACCUGCAUUGACUGGAUCCCAACCAGUCAGUACUGGUUCAAACCAGUCAGGUGAUGUAUCUGAGGAACCAGUUAGGACUGGUUCUGAGGAAUGGGUCAGGACUGGUUCUGUGGAACCGGUUAGGACUAGUUCUGAGGAACCAGUUAGGACUGGUUCUAAACCUGCAGAGGUGCAAGCGGCAUCCAGGCAACUAGAGCACAUGCCGAAAAAGGAGAAUGAGAACAACAGCAGGAAUGAAAAGGAAGAGUGCAGCCAUUCAAAUAUAGUCAGGAUGGAUGGAACACGGAAGAGGACGGGUAGUGCAUCUUGCUCUGUAGUCUGAUGCAUAACCAGGAAUUUGAAAUUCUAACUUUUCCUAUACCCAAGAAUAGGGGUGUAUCAUCUAAGUCUGUGUCCAAAACGGGCUUUCACAGAUACUGCUUCAUCUUUUGUCAGUUUAGUCCCAAGUAGUUUUAAUUGGCGAAGACCUAGACAAUUGACCUGUCGCCGUUUGUGAGUUAGCCACGCCCCUUAGACAACCCUAUGGAAAUGUUGUACACUAAGUUUUGUGUGUCUCAGAUUUUGGGCGUUCUGCGUCCAUUUGUAUAUAUCAUGUAAUUGGACAAUAUUUCACAAGCUGCGUUGAUGUGAUUCUCACGCAAUUCUACUACGAUAGGUCAAUAGCUCUAGACAGGAGAUUUGGAGGCGGCCUAAGCUUUGGAAGCAUGUUUUAUCAGUGUUAUUUACUUCUUUCUGGUAAUGAAUCCAAGGAUUUUUCAAAAGUGCCCCAGGCACUGUGGGUUGAAAACCUGAAAAAAAACUGUAGAGAGGAGACAAUGAGGAGAAAUUACAGAGGUCGGAGAAAAACCCCAGAAGAAUAUUCAGGGGGAACCCAUGGCAGGGACUGAAGACCUAAUCCACAAUCCACAUGUGGACCAGGACAGGAAUCGAACCUUGGCCACAGAGGUCAAAGGUGAGGACACUGACCACUUCGCCAACCCGAUUCCCCUAUGUUAUUUGCUCUUUUAUAAAAAGAUUGAUGCAAUGGAACAUUCCAAAAAGGCUUCACAAAUUAUAAGAAUGUACAUGUAUGUGGGUGAGGGGGGGGGGGGGGGUGUAUCGCCUUAAGAAAAAACUACAAAUCGUGGUUGUUUAUGUAGUGCCUUUCCAUUGUUGGAAACAAUAUAUUUUUAAUGUAAGCCUUGUAUUUUUUCUAAGAGAUUUCUUACUCUGAUGUAAAUAUCGAAUGAAAGUAUAUGUUAGAACUAUUGUUUCUACGUGUAUUUCUUAAAGUAAGGUACAAAUUAACAAUACCUGUGUGGAUACUCACAAGUGACCUUGAUCAUUCACAGUGGUUGUUGAAGUAGUGCCUUUCCGUUGUUGGAAAUUUUUUGUGAAUGUAAACCUUGUAUUUUUUUAAAGAGAUUUCUUACUCUGAUGUAAAAUACUGAAUGAUAUUAUGUAUUAGAACUACACUUAUAUUUCUAAAGUAAGGUAUCUAUUAACAAUACCUGUGUGUAAAUAGUGCCUUUCCCUUCUUGGAUUUUUUUUUUUAAUGUAAGCCUUGUAUUUUUUUUAAAGAGAUUUCUUACUCUGAUGUAAAUACUGAAUGAUAUUAUGUAUUAGAACUACGCUUAUAUUUCUUAAAGUAAGGUAUUUAUUAAUAAUACCAGUGUGGAUACUCACAAGUGACCUUGAUCAUUCACCAUACAUGUCAGCAUUUGCUGGUUCUAAUAAACUUGUACUUCUAUUAAAUUGGGUAUGCAAUAUAUUAUCUCUAUUUUUCCGUAACCGUAUUCAGUUUCGUUGGAAAAAAAUUGUAUUUUCGUUUUGUUGUAUGAAAGUUGAUGUUGGUUUUAGUUGAGUGAAUGGAAAAAUGUGGACACAGAGUUGCAAUCAAGUCAGUCACAAUUUGGGUGAUAAUAUUGUUGACAAGGUUCGGCACCAAGCCGGACCCAAGUUAGAGUGAUAUUUCCUAACGACAUUAGUUUUAUCUAUGCAAGAAUACUGAUACAAAUUUACAAGUUAAAGGGAUGAACACUUAAUGGCUUUGUCACAGUUUGUUGAGUAGCUUGUCACUGGACCUCAAAGAUUUCAUAGCAGAUUUAAUUUCAAAACGUUUGUUUCGCUUUGUGUGUGUGUGAAAUAAAGUGAAGGUUUUACAGUAUGUGACAUUUUUAAACUA